GGCAGCUUUGGCGGGACGGGUCGAUUCAGCUAAUGAACGUGUCAUCCUUGCAGCUUUUCUUUAGGAGACUUUACGGGGGCUGCGCAGGAACGUCGGCGCACCUAUUCCUUCUUCGCACAUCAUUCUGUAAAUUCUUGUUAAGCUCUUAGUCUCAGUUGAGCUCUCAAUUCCAUCGCAGCGCAUCUUGAUCAUCACCGAAACCGGAAUUCAACAAUGGAAUCCGAGUCCAACAUUCCGCCGCGCCGCCGAGUCCCGAAGUUGGGUCACAAGAAAUCCAUGUUUGGUUGCCAGCGAUGCCGUUCCAGAAGAGUAAAGUGCAAUGAGGAAAAACCCAUCUGCUAUAAUUGCAAAAGGCAUGGUCUUCCCUGCAAUUAUGACCGCGACACGAUCGCGAAGAAGGUAUCCCCGAAACCGGCAGUAGCUCAGGUGUUCGUCAAUGAGCCCGAGGAAAAUGACCCACCGGAGAGUCGAUCACGGCGAAUGCUGGAGGCAAGGCUUAUGCAUCAAUAUGUGACCGAGACGGGUUUGUCCAUUGCAGCCGACGAACGCACACUGGGGUACUUUAGUCGGCUGAUCCCAAAGCUUUCGUUUCAUUCCGACGCGCUGUUAUAUUCAAUGUACUGCCUCGCAGCCCUGAAUAUAGCGAGAGUUUAUGGAGACGGCGAACUCGAAGACGGCGCCGAGAAUGUUGCUAACAGAUACUUCUCGAUGGCUGUCCGAGAGCACAACAAGGAGAUAUUCCAAGUUAACAAGGACACAACGGACAUAGUCUGCUUGACAUCGUGCCUGAUGCGCGCAGCUGCGCUCAUCCAGAUACAGACUCGAAACCGGGAGCCUUAUACACCCCCAUGGCAAUGGCUAGCUCUAACUCAUACCUCAACUGCUACCUUUGUGGAAGCAUAUAAACAGAUUGGUCCGGAUCCAAAUUCCGUAGCAUUCCAGCUGAUAAGAGGGACAUCUCACCUCCAUGAUAAUGGAAAACUGCCACAGUCUGGGGAUAUCCAAAGAUUGCAACACCUGCUGGAUCGCUCGAAGGAACUCAGCAUAGACGAGGAAUGGGAUUCGGAGAUUCAAGACGGAUAUGAGCGUACCCUCACCUAUAUAUGCAAUGCAAGCAGGCUAUCGGAUGCCGAAGGAUCAUCAAGCAGUCUAUUUCGAAUGCUGCUUAUGUUUCCGAUGUUGGCAGACGAGAGAUACAUCAAGCUAGUGAAAAAAGAAUCCCCGAGAGCUUUAGUAGUACUCGCCCACUACUUCGCCCUGCUUUCGAGGUUUAGUGACGUAUGGUGGGUUGCAAAUAUAGGGGCUGACGAAGUCCGCGCGAUUGCCAAUUCAUUGCCUGAAGAAUGGCAGGGCUUACUUGUAUGGCCACUAGAGAAAAUAAAACAAUGGAAUCCGGAUGCUCAAGAACAAACGGGUUCGAAAGGUUUAUCGAUUUAAUCUUUAAAGCCACCUGAGCUUGGGGGCGGAUUUUAGCGGCUUCGCUCUCGCUCUCGUUCUCGCCCUCGGUUACAUAACCGACAAAUCUGGUGUUGGCACUGAAGCUGAAUGACCUCAACAACAUCCUACUUGGAUAUGACAUGUAAAAAAGCACUGCGCCUCUUGUUAU